ACACAAGUUCCAAAAUCCACCACAUUACACACUUACACACAACUUGAACAGAGACACAUUGUUUUCUGCACAAGAAACAACACAUCAAUGUAUCCCACAUACAAUAUGUAUUCAGACGUAGAAAGUGAAGAAGAGUGUGCUCAGCCAGUUUUUGGCUUGUGCAGUGCACCACUAUAUCCAACUGUGAUCAGCAAAGAGCGUGCACAAGUAGAGCAGAGUCACAAGGGAAGAUACCUUACAAAGACUCCCAACUCGCUCGUGCACUCUCUUCAUCAAGCUCUUUUCUCAGCUCAGGACACAAUCAAGCAGCUGACCCAUGAGAACAUCAGCCUGAGGAAAGAGAAUGCCAGGAUGACUCUGAAGGAGCUCAGCGACCAUGAAGCUCUGCAGCAGCUGACAAGCCUUCACACCGAGGCCAAGAAGGAGAAGGAAGAGGUGGAGGCUAAGGUGAAGCUAAUGGAAGAGGAAAUUAAUAGUUUUAAGAACAAGUGGUUGGCUGCUCAGUCACGCAACCAGCAGCUGGAGGAGGAGGUGAGAGAGUCCACACAAGAGCUCUCUGAAUGCAGGAGACAAGUGGACAGAAACAUCAGCUCCGUUGAAGACAUUCUCUACAGGCAGAGACAAGAGACUGCUGCAAGGAUCUCUGCCAUGGACCAUUACUGGAGCGAGGUGGUUCGGGUCAGAGAGGAGGGUGCUGUGAGGGAAUCUGAACAAAAGUCCCAGAGAAUAAGUCAGCUGGAGGAGGAGGUGGCGGAGAAGGGACGCUUGAUUCACAGCUUGACCAACAACACGAUGAACACAAAGUCAGACUUCCACCAGCAUGGCAAGAGAUGGGAAAGUCAACUGAACACUCUGGAGGAGAAGUACAGAAGAGCACUGAGUAAACAAGAGGAAGGCUGGCAGAAAAGAGUGCAGGAGAUGGAGAGAACCAAUGAGCUGGAGAGGACAUGGCUCCAGAAGGAAGGAGAGUGGAGACAGAGGACGGACACACUGCAGGACGAGAUCCAACGCCUCAACAAAGAGCUUCAGGGGCCUGGCAGUAAAAAGAAGAAAAGAAAGCAGUGGUGGAAGAGACGCUGGAAGCUUAGGAGGCGGAGAUGGUGCAUCAAAACAGCGGAUUCAUCAGAGGAGACUGCUCCACUUCUCUCAUGAGGAGUGAUGCACGGGACAUAAAGUGGAGAGAGGAGGAGGAGGAGAGGAGACGAGGAGGAGAGGAAGAGGAGACGAGG